AUAAAGCGGCUCGAUCAGUCAUUGUAUGUUUACAACUCUGAAGCACACCUGACAUUUCAGGAUGGGUCAGAUGGCUACUUAAGACGUACGGUCAGUGUCUAGACAAACUGACAAAUGGAGGCACGACCUGAAAUUCCGACAUCGCAACAGCGGAAAGAUGGGGGCAUUUUUCUCGAACUUUUACAAACCUUACAAAAUUUUUUUGCUGCGAUUUUUGUCGGCAUGUGGCGAUUUUUUGUCCCGCCACCAAGAAAAUCGGUGUUUGGAGAAAUUGUUUUAAUUACGGGUUCAGGAUCUGGAAUCGGACGUCAAUUAGCCAGGGAAUUUGCCAGGCUUGGGGCAGUAUUAGUUCUCUGGGAUAUAAACGAAACGUCAAACUCGAAAACAGCAUCAAUCCUCGAGGAAGAAUCCCAUGCUAAAUGCUUUUCAUAUACCGUAGAUGUCGGAGACAAAAACCAAAUAAUAAAGACUGCUGAAAGAGUGAAGAAUGAUGUUGGAGAUGUUACCAUUUUAAUCAACAAUGCAGGAGUGGUAACAGGGAAAAAGUUGAUAGAUACACCUGAUAUGCUAAUCAGGAGAACAUUUGAUAUCAACCUCUUAGCACAUUUCUGGACUGUGAAAUGUUUUCUUCCAUCAAUGCUGAAAAACAAUCAUGGACAUAUUGUUAACAUAUCCAGCUCCACGGGAUUGGUGGGGUUGAACAAACUUACAGACUACAGUGCGUCAAAGUUUGGCGUGGUAGGAUUUACAGAGGUGCUGAAUUAUGAGAUCAUCUUCUCAGGUUAUACAGGAGUUCAUACCACUCUUGUGUGCUCAUCUUACAUUAAAACUGGCAUGUUUGCUGGAUGUGAAAUGAGAUUUCCAUGGUUACUGCCUGCAUUGGAGGUUGAUGAAACAGCCAAUAGAAUAAUGCAGGGAAUUCUAACCAAUCAAUAUAUUAUUUGUAUCCCACGACUAGUUUACUUUCUAACCUAUUUAAAAAUGAUCCUUCCGGUUGAUGCCUUUUUGGAAGUGGUCAAAUUCUUUGGUGCUGCAACAUUUAUGGACACAUAUGUUGGAAAAGAGGCGAACAUUUUAAUUCAACAAAAUGGGGCAUCAUAAAAUCAACAUCUGUAUUUAAUUGUUAACACUUUAAUUUAUGUUAGCAAAAGAAAUGGGAUGUCUGCAAUAUUUUAUCACUUAUAGGGCAAUAGCAUGUAGUUUAGUUUAGUUAAUUGUGUUGUAAAUUGAAAAUGCAGAGCUCUUGAAAUGAGUAUCAAUUUGUUCAUGGAGAUGUAUAUUGUAUAUUGCUGUACAAACCAAGGCCUAAGGUCUGGUAAACUCUUUAUUUUAAUGCUUGUGUUUUUCUCUUUUGAAAUAAAAACUGAAAUUGAA